AUUCCUUCUUACAGUUCGGAUCAAAACCAUGGGUGUUUUUGACCCCAUAUCCUUCAUCCAGACCUACUCGUGCGUCGUGCCUUGACCAACGACUCUCGCCCAGCAUGCCGUACUCUAAGUCCGCCGCCUUCAUCGGCACUGUGGCCCUCGCCUGGUUAGGGGCGGCAAUUCCAGCACCGUCUAGCACGGCAGCGGCCGCAGCGCGAUUGGCAGAAUGCGCACCGGUCCCCUCGGCAGGCAAGUAUCCCACGUGGCAGCAGCUCCCAAAGCAGACGACGCUCCCGGACCCUUGGCUUCCGUUAGCCUACACGACGACGGACAGCGAGGGCGGCGACUCGCCCUCAUUCGCCUCCGACGUAAUGAACGGAAAUGGGAAGAACAGGAUCCAGACGCCUGAGGAAUGGUACCGAUGCCGGCAGCCUGAGAUCGUCCAGUUACUCCAGGAAUACCAAUACGGCUACUACCCGGACCACUCUCAGGAGACUGUCAAGGCCACCCGUAGCGGUAGUACGGUUAACAUCGAAGUAACGGCAGGCGGCAAGACGGGUAGAUUCAGCGCUACGCUCGCGCUGCCAUCCGCCUCGCCGGCUCCCGUUGUCAUUAACAUCGGCGGCAUGACCAACCAGCCUUACCUACAGGCCGGCAUCGCCGUCGUUGGUUUCGACUAUACUCGCGUCUCGCCUGAUAGCAACGCUAAGACCGGCGCAUUCUGGGAUCUCUAUAAGGGGCGGGACAUCGGCGUCCUCACGGCAUGGGCCUGGGGCUUCCACCGGGUCCUCGACGCGCUCAACGCGACAGUGCCCGAGAUUGACAGCAGCCGGGUGGGCGUGACGGGGUGCUCGCGACUGGGAAAGGCGGCGCUCGCGGCGGGGCUGCUCGACCCGCGGAUCACGCUGACGAUGCCGAUGAGCAGCGGGGUGCAGGGCCUAGGGCCCUACCGGUACCACGGGCUCAGCGGGCAGGACGAGACGCUCGAGAACAGCAAGAGCGGCGCCGGCUGGUGGACCGACAGCACGCUCGGCACCUUCGUCAACCACGCCGAGAACCUGCCCUACGACGCCCACACCAUCGCCGCCGCCAUCGCCCCCCGCGCCCUUGUCAUCGACCAGGGCACUGGCGACCAGUUCACCAACUCCAAGGGCACCUCCAUCAUCGUUUACCCUGCUGCCAAGCAGGUCUACGACUGGCUUGGCGUCAGCGACCAAAUCGCCAUGUCCGUCCGCGGCGGCGGCCAUUGCGACAUGAGCGGGUUCAACAGUGUCCUCCCCUUCGUGACGAAAGUGCUCCAGAACAAGACGAUCACCAAAGACUACAACGACCUGGGUAGCUACGGCUCGCCGAUGACGACGACCUACCCGUGGGCUAGCGCGGUGCCUAAGGCCGCCUAAUACCGAACACCUGGCUAGAAUUUCAUAGCGACUUGGGAGGCACCAGUGUAUGAGGAAAAGGAAA